GGAAGCCUUGAAAUCCUGAGAGGAAGUGGAUGAAGAAAUCCUUCUUCCAGGGUGAGAUUCAGACACAAGACAGCUCAGAAAGCUAUGCGCCGAGGAGCACGUUGAAAACGUCGCCCAAACACACUGACUGCUCCCAGGGGAGUCAAGGGGACACCUGUAGGAGGAGACCACACCUAGGCACUAGAGGAACCACCUGUAGAAGACUCUCGGGUCACAGUAAGCCAAGUACCACAAUUCUCAAAGCCCUUUCAAGAGCUACUUCAGCAGGAGGAGACCUAGCCAUAGGAAGCAAAGACCGUGAUGCGCUUCGGGAGGAGAACCUUUGUUCCAGAGGCAGUGUCGAGAGCUCCCUCGAAUCCGCUACCACAAUGCCGUGCCUAGUCUAUAAUACUUCAGAGGGAACUGGAAGCACUCCUUCUCCUCCUCCUCCUCCUCCUCCUACUUCGUCAGUCAGGUCACCAAUGCGUAAUCCUAAUCGCAGACACAGAGCAGGAGGUCACAGUGGGGUAUCCUUCAUCUUGCCCAAGAUGAUGUUCCCCAAAUUGCUGUUGCCCACAGUUUGUUUCUGUUUCCUCAUCCUGAUUGGGUCGAUGGUCACGCCAUGUGGGGCCAUUUGUCCUGAUACAUGUACCUGCGAUGACGUGUCUUUGGUGGUACGGUGUGAACCUUCACCCAACAUUGAUGUCUUGCCCUUGACUUUCAACCCUGGGUUACAGCAACUCACUAUGUACGGCACAGAAAUUCACACUCUGGACAUAAAUUCGAUGAUGUGGUAUGUGGAUCUUCGUCAUGUGAAUCUCAGUAAAAACAUGAUCAUGCGAGUAAUGCCACGAACAUUUGAGAAGCAAGGUCACUUGGAGGAGCUGCAUUUAGCCCAGAACAACAUAAGUGAGCUCGAAUCAGAAAUGUUUUAUGGUCUUUCUAAACUUAUCGUUCUCUCCUUGCGCGGAAAUGCUAUUGAAUCUCUGGAUGGGGGAGUCUUUGUGUACUUGAAGCAGUUGAAGGACCUCGACUUGUCAGAAAACCGUCUGGACGUCAUCAAGGACAAUGCACUCACAGGACUGUCUAAUCUCCGAGUUCUUCACCUUCACGACAAUCGUCUGGCCGCAAUACCGUCUCAGAACCUGGCUCUCGUACCCGACUUGGCGUACCUCAGUUUAGGUGGUAAUGAGUUUUUGGAAGUGAAUGAGUUUGAUCUUGCAUCUCAAAAAACACUGAAAGAUCUUAACCUCUCAGGAGCACAACUUGGAGAUGGACUGACGGCCGACUCCUUCAGAGGUUUAUCGGGGCUGACAAAAUUAAUGCUUGAGGAUUGUGGUCUGAAGGAAGUACCAACUGCUGCGCUGAGUCCCCUAACCAAGCUGGAAGAGCUACACAUUGGCCGCAAUCUCUUCACGAGUUUGCCGCCAAAUGCAUUUUCCGAUAACCGUCACUUGUCUGCCCUGUAUGUGUCUGGCUGUCCAGAUCUUACAUAUAUAAACAAAGAUGUUUUGCAUAAUAAUGUGAAUAUCAAGUCGGUCGUCAUAACUCGGAAUCAUCGCCUGACAUACGUAGACGAAGACGCUUUCCGAUUUCUGAGUGAAUUAAGCCUUCUGGAUCUCCACGGCAAUAACAUUCAGACGUUGAGUGAGAAUGCGGCGUCUUGGAAAGACAUUGAAAAGUGGUCCUUAGAGGGAAACCCCAUCGCAUGUAACUGUUCAGCGGCCUGGCUACGCACACUUAUUCUAGCUCCUAACUCUAGUUCACUUGUGAAGUGUGUGUCACCCCCUGGUCUGUCAGGUGUACCACUGGCCUCCACUCAGAUGAUUGACCUGGCCUGUGGAAUGGAUCCUGCUAUCAAGGGGUUGGUGAUCGGUUUAGUCGUAACGGUAGUUGUAGUCGUAGCCAUAGUGGUGGUGUUGCUGUACCGUCAUCACGGCUCCUGUGUCCACCGAUUGCUGAAAGGCCACAGGUUAGACAGACACGGGGGCACGUUCGGGCACCACUCUUGUAGUCACGACCACUAUCAGGGUUACAUCAUGACUCCCCAGAAGCCUGUGCCUGUUACCGAGCUCUAGCAGUUAGCCCGAUACUGAGCCAUGGACUCAGAGCUACAUGGGCCAAGCCCAACCAGUGAAAGUAAUAGUGAAAUUUUGUUAAUAUGGAAAUGUUAGUACCAUGGUAAUGCUGGCAAUACUUUGAACGUUAAAAGUAUCAGUCCAGGUAGAAAAAAAAAAAAAUACUCUCAGCCGUGCAGCCCUGCACGGC